GUUUCACAACGUUCACUGUAAUUUGACAAAGACAUCCAGAAGCCGUGUAAGUCUGUGCAAGAAUGAGCGUAGAAGGCUGCCGAAUAGUGUGACAGAUCUGGCAAAGCCUGUUGAAAGUGUGAGUUGAGACUGCGCAGGUAGCCGAAACGCUGGGCUUCCAGCCUCCCAAAUUUGGUCAGUUGAGAGAGAGAAUCAACUAUGCAGGAAAGACUUCUCUGCUUUAAGGUACAAUAACAGAGGUAGGGAUUGCUUCCCCCCGAGAUCAACAGACAGAGCGAUCAGUGAAUCACUUUCACAGCCUCUGGUGCAAAGCUUCACUGUUUGCGGCCAUCAAUCACACCAGGGUCGGGUGCCUGCAUUGUGGAUGAAACUGAUCAGCCAAAGGACUUGCGCGACCUUCAGAUCAAUCACCACACUCAACCUCAGCAAACAGCAGUCUGCCGGACCAGCGUUGCCAAGCUCUAGAUCGCUCUUUCCCUUCGUUGCCUGGAUCAAUCAGAGCAAUUCACCAGAUCGAGACGCCCAAGGCGGUUUAGUGGGAGCCACGGAGCACUUCUUCCAGACUACAAAAACCUCCCUCCAAACUGUCUCACGCAAAUUUGAACUCUUACCUCUUCUCUACCCAUCAACUCACUCUCUCACUCUCGCUUUUGGAUCCAGCUUCAACAGAACUUGGAUACCCAUCAUCACCUCUUACUCAACACCUUCUAAACACACUCAGUCUCUUCCUCUCAACAUCUCAAGAUCUUCACAAUGAAGUUCACCAAUAUCUUCGCACUUGCCACCAUGGCUUUCGGUGCUGUUGGCUCUGCCACUGCCAUUUACAAUGGUCCUAACGACAUGGUCACUGGUGGCAAUGAAAAAGUCGUCGCUGCCUUGAAGGCUCGCGGAAUUCCAGCUGGUGAAAUCAAGGCUAUCGUCAAUCUCGUCCCUCGCGACACCGUUACCGUCACCACUACUGCUGACUGCGGUUACACCGUCGAGUCCUAUGCAGGCCCACCAACCACCACCGUCAUCAUGUCGACUGUCUUUUCAACCCCGACCCCCACCCCUGAGGUUCCGUCUACUCCCACCUUGGCCUCUACUCCUGUUGUUCCACCGGAGUCGUCCACCACCGACACCGUUGCUACUCCAGAAACUCUAACUGCGACUGCGACUCCAGAAGUUCCGGCCACCAACACUAAGACUUCCACUAUGGCCACUACCACUCCAGAGGUUGGCACCAACACUGGCACCCCACCACCACCAGAGACUACCAACGCAGUCACUCCUCCUGGCAGUACUGGUGUCACUGAGACCACAUCUUCAACCACAACCGAGACCAGUGCCUUGACUCUCAGUACUUCCAGUGCUGGAGUCACUCCAAGCACCUCAACAACUCCACCUGCCCCCAACGCUAAUGUUGCUGGCACUGCAGGUGUGCAUGUUGGUCUGGGUGUCAUUGGUCUUGUGGCUGUCUUGGUCAUGGCCUAAGUGCACAUACCUCAACAGACACACUCCGACACUCUUUGCAGCUAUGUCUGCCAUGUAACUCAACAUGCUACACAUACGCAUUUGCAAAAGAGACGGCACACACAUUGACAUCUCAAGAAUCGAGAUUUUCAUAAAGAGGCAAGGUCAAACAUUGAGCUUUUGAACAUGGGACACAAUCAAGGAAAGUCACCCACCUGCAUUGGGGCAGCCACAUUCUGUACUGUGUCUUUCAAGCUAGGCCAUUUGGUUUGGUGGGAUGAUCGUGGUCAUGGAUGUAGGCACCUUCAAGUUGGAUGAGGGAUCGACCUAAUUGCUAUUGCACCUUAAUCCGGUUCCUGUCACAAUAGGUGACCACAACGAAAGGUUCCUUGACCCUCGAUAUUAACAAGAAAUCAAUU